GACUGUUUCAACAGUGGGGAGCGUCCCCGGUGUCUCAAGGGCCUCCGUACGUGGAGGUGAUCGAGCAGCCCAAAGCCCGAGGCAUGCGCUUCCGCUAUAAGUGUGAGGGCCGAUCCGCCGGGAGCAUCCCGGGAGAGAAGAGCAACGACACCACCAAAACACACCCCGCCAUCAAGGUUCACAACUACAGCGGGCCGCUGAGAGUGCGGAUCUCCUUGGUAACCAAGAACCAGCCGCACAAGCCACACCCACACGAGCUGGUGGGAAAAGACUGCAAACACGGCUAUUAUGAGGCCGAUUUACAGGAGCGGCGGAUACACAGUUUCCAGAAUCUGGGCAUUCAGUGUGUGAAGAAGAAGGAUGUGGGAGACGCCGUUUCAUGUCGACUGCAAACACAGAACAACCCCUUUAAUAUUCCUGAGGGGAAGAUCUGGGAGGAAGAGUACGACCUGAACGCAGUGCGUCUGUGUUUCCAGGUGUCCAUCACUCGACCCAACGGAGAACUCUUCCCGCUCGAGCCGGUGGUGUCCCAGCCCAUCUACGACAACAGAGCGCCGAACACUGCUGAGCUGAAGAUCUGUCGUGUGAACAGGAACUCUGGCGGCUGCCGAGGGGGAGACGAGAUCUUCCUGCUGUGUGAUAAAGUGCAGAAAGAGGACAUCGAGGUGCGCUUCUUCCGGGACUCGUGGGAGAGUAAGGGCUCGUUCUCGCAGGCUGACGUUCAUCGGCAGGUGGCCAUCGUGUUUCGCACGCCCCCGUACCACGACACCAACCUGUCGGAGCCGGUGCGGGUGAAGAUGCAGCUGCGCCGGCCCUCAGACCGCGAGGUCAGCGAGCCCAUGGACUUCCAGUACCUGCCCGCCGACCCGGACGAGCACCGGCUGAUGGAGAAGCGCAAGCGGACCGAAGGGAUGCUGCAGAACCUCAAACUCGGCAGCAUGAUUUCAGGAUCCUCCGUACCGACAGACAGACGGCCGUUCAGUACAGCGAAACGAACCUUAACCGUGUCCAAACCCACAGCCACCAGUAUCACUGCAGCGUCGGCGUGUGCGCCCGCCGCGAUGAAGCCCCUGCCGUCCUCGUUCUUCGGGCCGGCUCCGGGACAGCUCUUCGCUCAGCCGACCCAGAACGCCCUGAAGGUGGAGCCGCAGACGUCGGUCGGGGACACCUGGAAGUUCCUGCAGAGCCUGACCGUAGACUCUCAGCCCAAAGCCGUGCCAGUGAGCAACUUCACCAGCUCUCAGCAACCCAGCGACUUCUCCACCGUCAACCUGUCGGACCUGCACGACUACGGCCUGGGCGGCUUCAUCUCCGCGGAGCCGACGAGCGCGGCGAGCGCCCCGAGCGCGGCCCCCCAGGACAUGCAGAGCGCCUACAGGGUGGACGACGAGCUGCCCGAGUUCCCCAGCUUCUCCGAGGUCACGAACGACGUCGACAACAUCAACAUCGAGGACUUCCAGGCCAUGUUGGGCGGCGAGUCGAUGGGCAAGCCGGCGUGUCACAUGACCCCGGCGGGCGAGGGCCCGGAUCCGGACCCCGGGGCCAACAGCUCCCCCUGGAUGAACUUCCCGCCCAGCAUCGCCAGCCUCCUGCAGAACGAGCCCAUGCUGGAGAGCGGGUCGAACCCGUCCGCGGUGCUGGACGACCUGGAGGUGCUGAACUCCAUCGACGACGACCGCUUCAUGUCCAUCUUCACCAGCAGCAGCAGCCACAUGGGCUUCGGUCACCCCACCUGAACUCUUGCUCAGGCCGAGCUCAAGGCCUUACUCUGAACACCAGCAAGCGAACGCCCGGUCCUGGAUCACGCCGUCUCGGAUGAACCCUUCCUAACGCAUACCACAUUAUAUUGGGUGGCGGUUUCGGAUCAGAUGUGUAUCUUGUGUACAGUGAGGUAGAAUAAACCUCGUCCUUAUAAAUACAGUGCCUUAUUAAGACAAUCUCAGCCUUACAGCCUUAUCAAACAGCUCAGCCAAUCACAGCACAGAACUAUCAAGCAGCUCAGCCAAUCACAGCGCAGAAUUACUGCCUCAUUAAGCAUCUCAGCCAAUCACAACACAGAAUUACUGCCUUGUCAAGCAUGUCAGCCAAUCACAGCGCAGACUCACAGCCUUAUCAAGAACUGAUAAGAAUGUAAAAUGCGUAUUUGUGCGUAUAUGCAUUUGGUAGACACUUUUAUCCAAUCACAGUGCAGAAUUACUGGCUCAUCAAGAAUCUCAGCCAAUCACAGCCUUAGAUACACAUCAGAAAUAUAUCAUCGUUGUACAGUAGAAAGUACUUUAACAGUUUAAUAACACAUUAUCUUUUAGGGAAUAUCACAAUAUCGUCUUUUGCUUUUUCAAUUAUAAAGGAUUGAUUUGUUAAUUUUUUUUAUACAAUUUUUUGUAUUGGAUCAUAAAAACAGCUUUUCUGAAAAUAAACUUUUUAUACAAAACCUUAUUAUUGUAAAAAUGUUAAUAAAUUAUUAAAUCAUUAAAGUUGUUCUAUGAAUUACAUUAAUUAGACAUGAUUUUUGAUUAUUCAGAUUUAAUUAAACCAUUAAAACGUAAAAUGGAAAGAACAUCGGGGCAUAAAUGUGCCAUUUUUGUUAAACUGUAUUUAUUGUUCAAUUUUUUAAUUAUUAGAAUUUAAUUUAACCAUUAAAACAAAAUCCAGCAUUUCCAAAAAGAAAAAUACUCUGGAAUGUUGGAGAAAAUUUCACAUUUUUUACUUUAAUUUCAGAUUAGGUUUUUUGAGCACUAAAAUAAAAGUAAAACAACGUGUUAAAUGUCAGAGCACUAAAGAGAGAAUCGGUUCACAUGUUAUAGCUUAUAUAUGAUGUUGAAAUAAAACUGCACUAUUUUAUUAGCCGCCGUUCCCAUCAUGAAGCUGAGGUUAUUAGUUAAUAUUUUCUGCAUAUGAAUGAGUCCUGGUGACGUCAUGUACAUAUUAUCUCUGAUCUGUUGUGCUGUAUUAUUAUUAUUCAUACUCUUCUGUAACGUGCUCCUUCUGUUUCUGUGGCCUUAGUGCUUUUGUACUGCUACACGAGCUGUAAUAAAUGCAGGAAAUGCA